UUCCAAUUUACUACAUGGUAUCCGAGCAUUGGAUCCUAGGGAAACCCUAGCAACAUCCGUCCUUCGUUCUUGCGCGUUCACCGAUCAUCUGUUGCCAGUAAUCCUCCGUUCUCCGUUACCGAUCGUUUGUCUCCAGCCAACGCCCGAGAAAACCGGCCUCAAGUGCGGAUUGUCACGUCCACAAGAACCCGGCCUUCGUACCAAUAGGCUCAGUCCCGUCCGCUCAACAUGACUGCCGAGACUCCCAAGAAGACCUGGUUAAUUCACGAUCCAACAACAAUCUACUAUCUCCACCCGUCAGAACACGUUGGUAAUGCCUUGACAAAAUACCUUCUUAAAAGUGCUAAUUAUGAGAUUUGGGAAAAGGCAAUAUGUUAUGCGUUUGGGGGUCGUGGCAAGGCUGUUUUCUUGUCCCCCAAGGUUGUGCCCAAGCCCAAAGAUGAGCGAGAAUUGGGGACAUGGGAAUCCAACAACUCCAUUAUUUAUAGUUGGAUUUUCAACAGCGUCGGCGAAUCAAUCCAACCAAGUAUCGUCUCUCACAUAAUUGCCUUCGAACUAUGGUCAGAUCUAAAGAAAAGGGAUUCAGCAAACAACUUCUGGUCAGCUCAAUCUCUAGCAAUUGACACUCCAGGGAUAUCAACAUCACCAUUGCUUCCAGAAAUUUACAGUUUAGAUGGCACACAUACAAAUGUAUCAACUUCCAUUUCUGGGAAGUCAACAAUUGAACAAUGUCUGGAGCGCUUGGUUAAUGCAGUAAGAAAGGUGUCGGCCAAAGCAUUGAAUUCCUCUGUUAGUGAUAUGAGCUCUGUUAUCAGUAUGAUGGAUAGAAUAGCUGGAUCUACACCUGUUAAGAUUAAUUAUGCACUUAUUGAAGAGAUAAAGGCGAUUAAUCAGCAACUGAUUGAUACUAUGGUAGAAAUCAGUGAUGAACUUGUGAUGAACUAGUGAUAGCUGCGAUGGUUCUCCAAAAUGAACAAAAAAGUGAACCAUACACAACCGAUGAUGAAGAUGAGAUGACAAAUCAAUUGAUGAAUUCACACGAAAACAUCAAAGGAUGAAAUGAAAUCAAUUGACAAAAACAAUUGAUGAAAUCAACCGAAAACCGGAUGAUGAUGAAAGUGAAACUCGAUCAAAGCGAUACGAGUGAAACUCAAUCAAACCGACUGAGUGAAAUUGAACAAUGAUGAAACUUCUGAAUUACAGAAGUGAAAGAGAAUGAUUGAAACUGAACAUUCCAAUUAUGAGAAUGAAAAUGAAGUUGGAUACUCAGUCUGAGAACCAACAUAAUGAACAGAGGAUCAGUAG